AUGCCCGAAUCACCAAUCCACAACCAACCCACCAACAUAGUCGCCGGUGGGACCAGUGCCACGCCUACUCCAGCCAACAAUGUAGGCGGCGGGUCCGGCUGGGGCGACCCAGGUUUUAAGAAAGGAGGAACCGGCAGCGACGAUGAUGAGCCUCGUCAGGGCUACGGUCAUGUAGAAGCUCCUAACCCACGAGCGACGAUGGGAGAUUCUCUUGGUCUUCAACAACAAAAGACACGAGCGAAGUAUCAUUUUUUGCAGCGCUCAGAUGAGGCUGCGGAUGUGAAACCUAUGAGCGAGCAUGGAGAACCGACGUGUGCGAGUGAAGAUCACACUUUCAUGAAUCAUCGACCUGGUGGCUCCAAAACGAUGCCGGGGUGGGGAACUAUGAGGAAUCUCAUGGGGGCCAUGGGUGGUCAUUCAAGUUAG